GUCAAUAGCUUGUUGCUCAAAUCAGUGUAGUGUCACAAAGUAACAGCUGUUGGGAAUCACUUCCAGCAGCAUUAUAAAACAUUACGUCGCCAUUUAUUACACCCACUUGGCUUGUCGAGCGGUCAUUUCGGGCAUAACGGUAGUUGUCGUGCCCGUGUGUCCGAGCCGUCCGUAUCCACCACCCCCCCUGCGGCGAGGAGCAGAGGUCCAUCCGCGGCGAUGAGCUCACCAGUCUAAAGUGCCUUUGAGAAGAAGUUGGUUGUUUGACGUGGAAAGCCUGUUUUUUCUUUGAGGCCAGCAAAAACAUCAUAGCUCACCUGGGGGGCGGCUACUUUGCACACCAUCAAAGCUAGAUAAUGGUCUGAAAAAGCAACCAGCCGUGCAUAGUUUUCAAAGAGAAGCCAAUGAGUGGUGGUGUCUGACUAGAUGGGUCAUCUCCACCUCAGUGACCCUCCAUCUGAUCCUUCCGCUCCAGCUGAUGGAGCACUCAUCAGCUUGUUUUAGGAGAGGACUUUGAGCUCACAUCCAAAUCCUGUGAUCUGCCUUCUUCUUUCGGUGCAUCAAGAUUGUCAUAUAAUAAUAAAAACAUUUUAUGAUCAAAAUCUUUGGACAUGGCGUCGCUGAACCUUUCAUCAGGAAGAGACACAAAAUGGCUAACCCUGGAAGUGUGUCGACAGUUUCAGCGAGGAAAUUGUUCACGCAGCGAUGAGGAGUGCAAAUUUGCUCACCCGCCAAAGAGCUGCCAAGUGGAAAAUGGGAGGGUCAUCGCCUGCUUUGACUCACUAAAGGGCCGAUGCUCUAGAGAAAAUUGCAAGUACCUUCAUCCGCCUUCGCACUUAAAGACCCAGUUAGAAAUAAAUGGGCGCAACAAUCUCAUCCAGCAGAAGACAGCAGCUGCAGUGCUUGCCCAGCAGAUGCAGCUCAUGAUCCCUACAGCCGGUCUACAGUCUGUGGGUCUUGGCACAAACUCUGGUCUGGGCUACGGUUCAUACUUAACACCCCUGAGCCACGGGAUGAGCCUGGUUCCCUCAGACAUCCUCCCUAGCAGCCAGGUUCUUGUUCAAGGGAGCUCGCCUGUCACAGUCCAGAGCUCGCCUUCUUCCCCCUCACAGAAGCUCCAGCGCACUGACAAACUGGAGGUGUGCCGUGAGUUCCAGCGGGGAACCUGCGCCCGAGGGGAAACUGACUGCCGCUUCGCCCACCCCAGCGACAGCCCCAUGAUUGACACCAUCGACAACACCGUCACCGUUUGCAUGGACUACAUCAAGAGCCGCUGCACCCGGGACAAGUGCAAGUAUUUUCACCCGCCCGCGCACUUGCAGGCCAAAAUUAAGUCCAGUCAACAUCAGACGGCCAUGACUGCUCAGGCCACCGCUGCAGCCGUGACUCUGUCGACUGCCAAAGCAAUGAAGCGACCCCUCGAGGCAACUGUAGACCUGGGCUUCCCCCACAGCAUCCUGCAACCUCUGCCAAAGAGACCAGCUCUGGAGAAGAGCAACUGGGCAAACUCGCUGCUCAACCCCAGUUUGUUGCACUAUCAGCAGGCUCUGGCCAACACACAACUGCAGCAGCCCACGGCUGCAUUCUACCCUGCAGGUUCUGUUUUAUGUAUGACUCCUGCAAACAGCGUCGAUCAUUCUCAAGUAACCACCGCAAACAGAACUCAGUGCCACGAUGCUGCGGUCAAAGAGCAGCAACCCGUGUGUACAUACGGUGUUCACAGCGCACGUCACCUGCAACAAGCAUGCUGAAUGCAUCACCAGUCAAUAGGAUGGAGUAAUCAACUACAUACAGUAGCUCAUUUUUGGAUUGUAAGUGGCACCUGUAAAGUUGUUGUAAUAAGCAUCAUAUUUAUUCCCCCAUAGCAAUUGGGAAAAAAUGUGCAGAAAUACAGUAACUCAAAUAUAGGCAAUGUACUGGAAUAUAUACACAUACUAUACUAACAGCUAUCGGUACAAACAUAAAUGUUAUUUCCUUACAUUCUGAUGAUGUAAAUAGUCAAAUCAGAUGUGUGUGUGUGUGUGUGUGUGUGUGUGUGUGUGUGUGUGUGUGUGUGUGUGUGUGUACAUGGUAUGGUAGCCAUGUUAGAGAUUGUUCUACUUUCUUGAAUGCAUCACACAAACAAAUGUAAUGAUUGUUUUACCUUGUGCCAGAUUCAAAUUAUUUUAAAGGAACUAGCUAAAAGCACUUAUAUUUUAACUUAUAUCCACGUUCUUAGAGAUGAAGUCCUGCAGGACUAUGGCCCUACGCGUGCAGCAGUGCUCCCCCACCUGGUGUGCCUUUGCAUUGCAUAGAAAGUUUGUUGGCUGACAUCAAAUUGUAGAACCCAAGCAAACGUCUCUGCUAGUGCUCGUUAAGGACAAAGAUUCACCAUACAUUUAACCUCUUCAUUACAGAAAAGCAAGCUUUUUAGACUAUGAAUGAACAUGAUAGAGUAGGCAAUUUCCAUAACUAUUGAAUUUCCUAUAGUUACCUGUAUAUUAUUCAAAGUGAAGUCUGAACACGGUGUGGAACUGUUAGUCUAACUGGUCCAACACUGUCUUAUUUGAAUGUUACAAGUGCCUAAAGAGUUGUCAUUUUUAAGAGGCUUCAGAUGAGCUUGCCCUGUUGAAUCUAUUUAAAUCAAAUGUAGAAAGUCUUAAAUGCUUUGUGAAGACUUUCAUGAAUAUUUGUAUUUAUCUACCCUCAUUAUUAGCUAUUCUUAUUUUUAUUGUAUUUCCUAUUUAAGAUGAGUUUGUAGUUUUCCUCCCCAACAAUGUUUCUUAAUAGUUGAACGUGCCGAUGAUUAGAAUUUAAGGAAGAACGUAAAGUGUAGUUGGGUUGUUUGAAUAAGUACAGGGACAUUGUAUACAUUCUGUUAAUCAAAUUUAAACUUUUAUUGUGUCACAGACUGAGCAUGUUUAAUUCAUUCAGGCAAUUUUACUGAAGAAGUUCUUUUUUAUUUCCUCUCCAUGAUGUCCUCUUUUUAUUGUGAAUUUUAUUGUUGCUGUCUGUAUGUAUGUAACAUUAACUAAGAACACACUAAAACAUAUUUACUCCUUGAAUGUAACUUCUUAAAGCUGACUUUUUGUUGAGAUUCCUCCCAAAGUGAGGGAAAUGAUCUCAUUGCCUCCAUAAAAGUCAUCGUUGGUGUUCAGGAUGUCGGCACUCCAAGCAAGACUAGAGAAUUGUUGACGUAACAAAGUGCAUUGUAUGUGGAAAAAAAGUCCUUAUCUUGUUAAGAGUCAUAAUUGUUCCUCUGUCUGUUGUUGCAGUGAUGGAAAACAAACAUUAGAUUGUAUUGUCACAUAUUUCACUUUGUUAUGUUCCAAGGUUGGACACAAUUCAGUGCAUCAUAUGUGUGUGUUUUCAGUUUGGUGGUGUGAUUUUUAACCUAAUGCAGUAAAUAAUCCACCAAACUCUUCAGGUUUCCGGUUUAUUUUUAAGACGUUUUUAUUAUUAUUUCAAAAUACAUUUUGCCUGCUACCAAAAAUCCAAAUUUUGCUUGUUCAGACAAAAAAAAACAACAACAAAAAACAGAAUGUUCUGUGCGACUGACUGAUGGAAACAUUUCCUCUUAAGCACUUUCACAGCAGUCAAGAUGCUUUUUGUCAUCUUUGCCUUAGUCUUCUUCAUACGCUGGUAAUUGCAUUUAAAUCCAAAAUCAACAAAUUGUGGGAAAAUGAUGGCUGCACUGAUGUUGAUGAUGAUGUCAUACUGCUUUCAAUGGUCACAUUAACGUUAAUGUUGAUGAAGGGGCCACUGUGACCUGCAGCUUUUAACACCGGACCUAACUUUAAAAUUCAUUUUCUCAUUCUAAUGGAUCUUAAUUUUCUGUGUGUAAGUAUCCAUUUCAUGUGACUAGUGAUUUCUAAAUUAUAUUUAAAACAAAAAACAAUAUUGUCAAUAAACACUGUCAAGUAAA